AUGCCACUCUGCGCCAGCGUCCCCGCGACGGUGGACACCGACAUGAACACCCGUGCCCUCUACCUAGAGGACUUGGACAAGUGCAUGAAGAACUUCAGCGACUCCCUCACGACCACCAUGAACUCGUACCGAAACCUCCUCACCGCGUUUGACCAGGUAGGGCAAGUGUACGGCAACGUCGCUCAGGAAUGCGGGAAUGAGGUCCGCAAGCUGGUUGACGAAUUCCGCGACGGGAUGCGCGACCUCAAGGACAAAGGUGGCUUCGAGACAUUCAACCGCGAGAUCCACUCGGGCACGAUCUCCGUGAUGGAGCCAGUGAAGGUGAGCCUGAAGAAGGCGGUCAAGUCACUCAAGAGUCUAAAGGUGAAGCAGAAGGAGUACGAUACCGUCCGCUACGAGCUGGAAAAGACCGAGACGUCGUACGCAAAGAAGAGCAAGCCCCUGUCGGAGAGCAAGAACUACAAGAAGACGCUCGAGAAGCGCGAUAAGAUGAAGGAAUCGUACGAUAUAAGCCGCGAGGCCUUUGGCGAGGAAGUGAAGGCACUGCAGGCAACAACCAAGUCUGUUCUGCUGGAGUCCCUCAACAACUACCUCCACUGCACGGCCGCCUUCUGCGGCCAGCUGGAGGUAACCAUGAACGGCUACCGAACUGACUUGGACCAGGACGGCUGCACCACGUUUGCAAACGACAGAAUGGACCAGCUGAAGGAAAAGGCUGAAGCCGAGUCGAUGACGCGGCGCUCACAGCGCAAGAGCGAGACGCUGCAUCCGUACCAGGCCGGAAGCAACGCUGCAUUGAACAACACUCACCCCAACUUACCGUCCGUCGACGACGACCUCUACCCAAGGAAGGAUUCACAGCUGGAUCCUGAGAGCGCCAACGGCUACCCCAACGCCGACUCUGCGCCGCUGAUGCACAACAGCGGUGAGAACUCCAUACUGAAGGAGCAGUACGACAACGCAACUCACGGCAACGCCGAUACCGCGAACCCGCUCAUCAAGGUGAACGACCACGAGUAG